CUUCCCUGAUUUUUCUAUCUAUUCUCUCUCCCUGCCAACCCUGCCUAUCCUUUCUCCUGCCUGAUAUUGACCGUUCAGCUCUUUAUUAGACGAUUAGGUAGGUGUUGUAGGCAGGCACAGUAACACAGCUUCACAGGGUUAAACAAAUGCAACAUAAACAAAAGUAACACACUUUUAAAUAAUGUUCCCCAACAAGCUACCAUGUGGGUGCUGGGAAUUGAACCCUAGUCUUCUGCAAGAGUAGUAAACUCUUAACAAUGAGCUGUUCUCCAGUCCCUAAGAAAAUUUUAAAGGCCUUGACUCAGCCAAGAGAGUGGGAUAUAUUGUGACACUUGUUUUCAGCAGACUAAGAAUAAACACACACUGCAUUCCUGAAGUUCCCACACCAAUCCAGGCCGGGGCAUAAACAUUUGAUUAAUAGUAUUGUGUGGCAACCAUGGGCCUGUAAGGUGUGGCUGUGGCUGUAGCUUACACCACCCUUUCAACACUGAUCAUUAAUAUCUGUCACACUGAUGCUUCACACCUGCUUCCAGCUAGGCUGGUGAGAUGAUAUUUUGCAAGAAUAUACCUACAUAGCCAUCAAAUUACAAAACUCUUUGGCCAAGAUUCUAGUUUGGGCUGUCUGAUUCACCAAAGCAUUCUGAUUUGAAAGAGAAACUGCAUCUGGCUCCACACCUCACACAGAGUAGGCAAGGGGCCUGGCGUGGCUACUCCGGAGUCCUUACAGAGAGGGAGCCUUUGCAGUGAUGACAUCCUUACUUUCCUGCAGAAGCUGGAGACAGGCACGUAGAGUAAUUUGAGCAAAUCCAGGCUUCUUCAGCUAUUGGUAUAGUUUGGUAGGGGUGUCUUCCAAGGGCCUCUAUGCAUCAAAAGCUUGGUCUUCUGAUCCACAGCAUAAGGAGGUGUGGAACCUUUAAAGGAGUUGAGCCUAGUUAGCUGGGCUGUGGCCCUUUAAUCUCAGCACUUGGGAGGCAGAGGGCAGGGGCAGGUGGAUCUCUGAGUUUGAGGCCAGCCUGGUCUACAGAGUGAGUUCCAGGACAGCCAGGGCUACACAGAGAAAGCCCAUCUUAAAAAAAAAAAAAGUUGAGCCUAUCGAGAGAUUAGUCUAUUGUGGGUGUGUCCUCAGUAAGGACUGGUGGGAUGUUCCUGUAACGUGAUUUGUCUCCACUCUGGCACAAAAGCAAUGGGAACAAACUAACCAGGGAGUGUUGCUGUGGGAUGGUCUGUAUGUCAAAUGUGUUGCUGAUUGGUCAAUAAAUAAAUCACUGAUUGGCCCGUGGCCAGGCAGGAAGUGUAGGCGGGACAAGGAGGAGAAUAAAGCUGGGAAGUGGAAGGCUGAGUGAGGGAGACACUGCCAGCCGCCAUCAGGACAAGGAAGAUGUAAAGUACCGGUAAGCCACAAGCCACGUGGCAAGGUAUAGAUUAAUAGAAAUGGAUUAAUUUAAGCUGUAAGAACAGUUAGCAAGAAGCCUGCCACGGCCAUACAGUUUGUAACCAAUAUAAGUCUCUGUGAUUACUUGGUCGGGUUUGAGUGGCUGUGGGACUGGCAGGAGAGAGAGAUUUGUCCUGACUGUGGGCCAGGCAGGAAAACUCAAGCUACAGAGUGUAGCUUCCAACACUGCAAACCAAAAUAAACUAUUCUAACGCGAUGAAUCCAUAGGAUUCUGGUUAAGGAGUAUUAGGGAAAUUCGUUGGGGAAAAUUGAGGGAAUACACUCACGAAUACAGAACGGAGCAGACAGUAGAAGUCAUCUUCUGAUCUGACUGGGAGGGAAUCCGCCUGGCAGUUUGACCGCAGCAGGCAGCAGGGUACGGGGUUCAUGACCCCUCUCCCUUUACUUUUAAGAGGUCACAGACAACAGGCAAGAAGCAACACCUCCUUCGGGCCCUAUAGCCCAAGGUCAUGGGCGGAGCAAAUACCACUACAUUUCCCCUUUUUGUCUAAAGAAGACGGUUUGACACUUAAUGCAAACUAUAUACAAUAAAAAUGAUUAUCAAGUAUUGUUCAGGAAAAACAAAGGGUAAUAACAUAAACAAAAAUGGAACUACAGCCAACAAAAACAACAUCAAACAAGAAAGACAUGCUGAAUGUCCAGAAAAGCCCAGAGCAUCAGUAAAUGGCAAAUUACCAAGAUUACACCAAUAGCUGUUCUAUCCUGAAGAUUCUAAUUCUAGUACUUAAUAUGUUCUAGCUAAGAUACCAGAAGAUUGUAACUGUAACUAUCUAGUCUUCAACUCCAUCAAAGACCUGAGAAGGAACAUAAUAAUACCUGAGAAAACAGAAAAUGCAAGCAAGCAAUUUCCAAAAUUCUUGUGAGAAUGGACAGAGGCAGCUGGUAGCCUAGAAAGUCACCUAAAGUUUCUCCGCAUUGUUGGGGCAUCCAGUUUGGCUAAAGGCCUUGAAUAUCUGACAGACCAUUUUGAGAAGCAAGAAUUUUGAAAGACUAUCUUACCCUGUCUUGACAAGUUCAGUAGUUGCUUUUCCUUGUGUCCUGCUUGUCUGGAAAGGACAGUGUUCAUACUGUCAGCAGUUAUGGCAAGGGCAGUUCUCUGUCCAGCAGGCCACUUUGUGCCAAGAAGACAAACUUUCAAAUGGAAAUGUUUGAGAAGUCCAACAUUCUCUCUGGAUCAGAUCAGUGCUGCCAGGAGCAAUCGUGUCUCAUGUCAACAGAAUUCUAAGUUAUCAAAACAUUUCAAUUCCAUGUUCUCUAGGUCUAUGAAGUGUUUGAAGAUUACCUAUUUAUCUGACAUGUUUCUGUAAAUCUGGAGAACCUAACUAACAUAACUAUGGAAGUGACACUCAUGGGUGACUAUUAAUCUAUGAGUCUUAUCUACCUAAAUAACCUAAGGACUAAGACUUUACAUAUCAAGGUAAACUGUCUGUAAACAGAUGUACAGUAUAAGGACAAUGACCUAAAAAUUGUGACAAUACACAAAAUAUCUUAAACAGAGGUAGAAAUGUAUAGUGCAAUAUGCAGUAUGACAACAAUAUCUUUAAUGUGUAUCAAUACACAAAAUAUCCUAAACAGAGGUAGAACAUACAUAUAGUGUAACAAAUAUAAUUUCACAUUUGUAUCAAUAUACAAAAUAUUAAUAAUUUUUUUCCGGAGACAGGGUUUCUCUGUGUAGUUUUGGUGCCUGUCCUGGAACUCGCUCUGUAGACCAGGCUGGCCUUGAACUCAGAUAUCUGCCUGGGUCUGCCUCCCAUGUGCUGGGAUCGAAGGCGUGUGCCACCAUCAGUCACCCGGCUACAAAAUAUUUCAAACAAAUAGGAAUACAUGUACAAUACAACAAUUAUAGUUUUGUAUUUGUAACAAUAUACAGAUUAUCUUAAAUAGGAAUAUAAGAGUAGUUUACAUUUGUAUCAAACAUACAAGAAUCCAUAUCAGUGCAAAUUAUCCAAGGCUGAUAGUUAGCUAAAUCAGUUUACUAGCAGAUACAAUGAUCUACCUUAAUAUACUAUACCUGAGUAUACUGAGAACACUGAGUGUAAAUUUUAUUGUUCCACGCCCAACCCUAUAACCAUCCAUCCACAACUCUGAGAAAAAUGAAACUUUUGGGAAGGGGCAUCGUUUUCUUAGAAUUGCUUCCUGCAGUUUAGGGGGCAAGUGUAUCUCUGUGGGGUCCUGUAAGAAAGCUUAGAUAGUUAGGUCUCAAUAGGGCUAGCUGUAGAGUCUGCAGCCAGUCUUAGAGUGAUGGGUAAGAUUGUCUAAGAUUCUGGCUAAAAGUGUACUAUGAUGGACCAUCUCAUCUUGGAACUGUCCUGAAGAGUUCCCAUUUCAAAGCUGAUCAUUGAGUACUGUUUUUUGGUUCAAUGACAUCAUUAUGGACUGGGUAGAGUCAUUUUUGUGAGGCCCCAUCUUCCUUCUGGAGACUUCAGGGAUUGCUAUUGGAAAGAUUUUUUUUUUCACUGUGGAAAACUUGAACAUUAUUAAUAUCAAAAUGGAAAGUUUGGAUAUAAAGAUUACAUGACAUGUGAAGAAGGAUUCCCAGAAAUCAAGAAUAAGCAUGGAGAAAAAUAGAAUCUUGACAACAAUGGUCCCUAGAUUAUUGGUUUUCUUCUGUCUCACACCAGUUGGCUUUUCUGAUAUGAGACACAAUCUCCUAAUUUUUUCUUUUAGCAACAUGCUUGGGGUUAGAGAAGGAGAGAGUCACAUUCCAGCUUGAUUUAUAAUUGGGACCACAACUAUUCUAGAGUUAAAGAGAUAUUGAUGUUAAGCAGUGAGAUAUUACCCUGUAGAGUAUAUUAGUGCCAAUAGGUCCUUCUUUUAUGCCUUAUGAUUUCUUGAAGAUGGGAAUUUCUAUUAUCAUGUAAAGACAAAAACCAGAACCCUGCCCUGACCCUGGUUUGUUGAGUUUUUCUUACAACUUGUAGAGUUAUCACAUGGGUGGAUGAGCUAUUACUUCUCAUCAAGGUGUUUCUCCUGUUCAAAGUGAAUUUUUAUUACUUUUGUUGGUAUCCACAGAUUUUCUUUUCCUGCAGAAACAAAAGCAAAACCCCUUCCCCAAUGUAGGAUGUAACACAAACCUUAAAAGGUCUUAUUAAUAAAAACAAACCGGGAGCCAGGUAUUGGGGUGAACCCUGAAAGGUCAGAGAAGCAGAACAGGCCACAGCUAAUCUCACCUCACCAACUUCUCAGCCGAUCCUCUUUCCUCAACUGGAAGCCUCUGAGUCCUCAUCCAAAUGGAACUCAGCUGAACUGAGAAUAGAAAGGGGAAAUAUGGUGAUAUUUUAUUGCACUGAAAUGUGAUUUCAUUUGUAUGUUAAUAAAGUUGCCUGGAGAUCAGAGGUCAUAGUCAUUUAGCAGAAGUCCGGCAGUGGUAGCACACUCCCUUAAUCUAAUCACAUGGCAGGCAGCGUCUCUUGUGUUUUCAAGGACACAGCCAAGCAUGGUGACACACCUUUAAUCCUUUAAUCCUUUAAUCCCAGUAUCAACCAUAGAGAUUUGGAGGUCUGUAUAGACAGGCAGUGACAAGGAGGUCAUGUGGUUGAGUUUAGAGCCAAUGAGAAGGCAGAACAGAAAGGCAAUAAAAAGACAGGACACAGGAAGAAGGUCUCUCUGUAGAAGCAAGGGCAGCGAGGCGGUGAGCGGGAAGCUAAAGGCUAUUCGCUAGUGCUCUGAUCUUUUAACUCUGUAUUUGGCUCGGAGUAUCUUAUUUAAUAAGACCGUUUAGAAUUUCCUCUACAGCCAUCCCCUAGCCCCAAAGCUAGAGAAACCCUGUCUAGAAAACAACAACAAAGGGCCCCAGUGGCUGAACGGACAUGCAAAUGGCUCUCAGGAUGAAGGCUGAGCAGGAGCCAAGCAGGCGGCGGUUGCCACACCGGACAGAUGACUGGCUGGCGACCCUGGAGGUGAAGCAGGAGCCUCUGAGCCCCGAACCUGUCGCGCACCGCCUGCCCGACGCCCCAGCUUCCGCUAGCUCGCGCGGGUCCCCAGGCAAAAGGAAAAACCAGUCCUCCGGGAGAAGAAGCCAGUCUUCCCAGACCAAGAGAAGCCGGAGUUCCCACUACUCCGCGGUCAGAGAGAAGCAGGAGCGUGAGGACCAUCCACGGGGAGGUCCAGAGCAUCGGCAGCACCAGCAGCCAUCAGAACGGUUGCAGAGGAGAGCUGGGAGCAGAGAGCGAGACCAGCACCAGGGUCGUUCCCGCCAAAGGAGGAGCUGGGAUGAGAGGCCUGGGCAGGGUCGCGAUGGAGACAGCCAGAAGCUGCAGGCCCAGGAAGAAGAGAGGGCCUUUCAGAAUGCCAUGCACCGCCAGGAGCAUGGUCAGCAGAAGGAAGGUGCUGGCGGUGAGGCUCAGGAGGUGAUCCCUCGCCCUGCUGCUAACAGAAGCAAAGAGGUGCCUGUUAAAGAAAAACGAAGCCUUGAACUUUCUGGGACACUUCUUGAGGACACCAAUACCUUCCGGGGUGUGGUCAUUAAGUACAGCGAACCCCCAGAAGCCCGGAUCCCCAAAAAACGGUGGCGUCUCUACCCCUUUAAAAAUGACGACUUACUUCCGGUCAUGUACAUCCACCGGCAGAGUGCUUACCUUCUGGGCCGAGAUCGCCUCAUCGCCGACAUUCCCAUCGACCAUCCCUCCUGCUCAAAGCAGCAUGCAGUCUUCCAGUACCGGCUUGUGGAGCACACGCGUGCUGACGGCACAGUUGGUCUGGCCGUGAAGCCCUACAUCAUUGACCUUGGCUCCAGCAACGGAACCUUCUUGAACUACGCGCGUAUUGAGCCGCAGAGAUACUACGAACUGAAGGAAAAGGAUGUCCUUAAAUUUGGGUUCAGCAGUAGAGAAUAUGUCUUGCUCCAUGAGUCUUCAGACACCUCUGAAGCAGACAGGAAGGAAGAUGAGGAGGAGGAGGAGGAGGAGGAGAUGGUGUCUCACGGUUAGCAACUGAGAAGCACCCCACACUAUUAGAAACCGUUCUGAGUGGAGGCCUUGGGUUGACCCUUAAGCCUUUCCUCCGUUGCUGCCCAGCUGUGUUGCACUAUGAGAACUCUCACUUGGUGUUUUGUUGAACUCAGCCCAGCAGCCGCCUGACUGUGGGCGCUAUUUUUCAGCACAAUGUUGCUGCGGCCCACGCAGCUGGAGCACGAAAUCUGGCAAGGGACGCUGAGGUUAAACAGCAUUCUAUACACCCAGUUCAGUUCGUCAGGGAAGCAGCUCUCUUUAUUCCUACCAACAUGGGCUUAUAUACCCCUCUAACAGCAGGAGUCAAGGAUACUCUUUAUCCGUAGGCAAGCCGGACACUGUUUUCCAAACAGGAAAAACCACAGGGGAACUGAUCCCCAGCACCCUCCGGAACCCAACUGCACAUUUCUCACACAAACAACUUAACUGGGACAGGACAAAAAAGGGCAUUUAAAAUUAAGGCAGCAAACUUACUGCUGCCGAUAUGUCCUCCCUUUUUAUUUUUAAAAGGAACACAUCAGCUAGAACAGCCUGUGGAAGACCAGAUAGCUCCUGCCUUAGGUCACCUAUUGCAAUCCCCAAACUUACCUGUCAUAGGGGGCUGCCCUUAUGCCCCCUGCCUUAGGUUGCAUGAGGACCACAGGAGUUGCCCGUCUCUGGGUACGAACUGUCCAACAUUUGUAACCACACUUGUGCAGAUUCAGAGGGUGACAUGGCCAAAAGGGCUUGCUUGGUUACCUGUCAGUGUCAAGUGAACUGGCAACGCCAUCGGCAUAGCAGAAAUAACCCAAUUCCCAAUCUGCCUGCACAGAUUAAUAAGAGGGAAACAGACCCUGCCCAUCUAGUAAUCCACCCAGCAGCUUUAGACAUUAAUGACCAUCAGGUCUGCUCAUUUACAGGAACAACUCUAGUUUCAUUAAUCCUUACAAUAGCAUGUGCUAACUGAAUUGUAUAGUUCAAAAUGUUCCAUUCCAAGGCCCUCACAAACAAGCAUUAAAUUCUGCAACCUUGGCUGAUGCAUUAAAAGCUGCAUGAGGGGUUAUACAAACUUCUGACAUUCCAUUAGCAGAUAACAUGUGUUGGCGUAUCCACAACAUAUCUAUUUGUUCUUGUAACAGUGCUGCUUACUGAUUAAGCAUCAGAAUUCCAAAGUGUAAUUGUCCAUUUAAUGUUUGCUGAAUGUCCAAGGCACCAGCCACCCUCUCAGAUAAUGUGUUGAUAACGGCAGCCUGUUGAACAGUCUGAGAUAAUGCAAGCCCAACAGCUGUAGCAGCAAGAGCAGAUGCAGCCACAGCUGCAACAAUUGCGGCAGUAAUGCCAAAGUCUCUUCCUGUCCUCUUCAGUUGCAGCGGAAACUGAUCAGAAGGACUCUCCAGAGGCAUCACUGCAAAUGCAGGUAUUCUCUCAAUCACUGCAUGGGACCAAUUUGCACUCCAGCAAUUAUUCAAGCUACAAUUUAGAACUGAACAGUUUAGUAGUCCCUCCCCUCCCACAUCACCAUUCCAAACAACAAAAAGGGAAAGGAGCACUUGGAGACCCACAGCAUGGGACAUGUUGGAACUACCUACAAAGUCUGCCAGAGAAGUAUUACUCACCUUUGCACGACGCAAUUCCUGUUGUAGUUCCUCUGUCUCUUUUUCUAGCUGCUCCUCCUCCUCUACUAAAUCUGAGACACAGGCAAGAUCAUCUUCCUCAUCCAUUAAAUCUUUCACAAAUAUCCUUAUACGCUCUUUACAGGGGACCUCAACCUCUUCCUUUUCCCCUUUCAAAGAUUCAUUCAUCUCUGCCUCCUGAGCGUUAGCAAAUGCUUGCUCGCACUCUGAAAGUUGCUCUUUCACUUUAUCAGUCAGAAGAGCAUCUUUCCCAAUCUGGAAUAUUCAGACCUCCUCCCGUCAGAAACCAAGGACUUGCUUUAGCUAUGGUGUCCACAAAUGUGAGUGUGGUCUGGCUUAAUUCCUGUUCCUUGCUUACUUAAUUCCUGUUCCUUGCUUACUUGACUUAAUUCCUGUUCCUCAGUGGCCAACUGAGCUUUUGCAGUAGAAUUACCCAUGGUACUUACCAAUGUUUCAAUCCUCCACCCCUCCUUUUAGGGUGAGCCUCCUUCGCUUACCCCUCUUUCCAGGUCUCAGUGGUGACCUCCAGUUGCCACGACCCACGCAGCUGGAGCACGAAAUCUGGCGAGGAACGCCGAGGUUAAACAGCACUCUACACACCCAGUUUCAGUUCGUCAGGGAAGCAGCCCUCUUUAUUCCUACCAACAUGGGUUUAUAUACCCCUCUAACAGCAGGAGUCAAGGAAUGGUUACUCUGUAUCCGUAGGCAAGCCGGACACUGUUUUCCAAACAGGAAAAACCACAGGGCAACUGAUCCCUAGCACCCUCUGGAACCCAACUGCCCAUUUUUCACACAAACAACUUAACUGGGACAGGACAAAAAAGGGCAUUUAAAAUUAAGGCAGUAAACUUACUGCUGCCGACACAAUCUCACCAACGACAGCAUGUGGAGUUUUGGACAAAGUGUGUGGCUGUGGUGGGCGCCUUCCGAACUGCUGCACAGGAAACUUAAGCCCUUGGAACGGGGACUGUGGCUUGCUCUCUUUGUACACUUUCUUGGGACCUAUAUAGUCGUUGAGCUUUGUGGACCAGGAGUUUUGUUCAAGGGACAAACCGCAGAACAGAGAAUCUUAGUAAGCUUUGCUUGUCACCAAAACAACCUCCAGCAUGUACCAAAGCUUUGACCCGGGUCAGCUCUUGAGUCAUAGUCAUUUUGCACUUCAUUUUUGGGGGUGACAAUUUACCUCAUGAUCUUAUUAUUGACUGUCGAAGCUAAAAACAGAUACUCUGCGAUGCCUGUGUAGACGUGGCUGUGUAGGCAGGUCAUGACUUUUGAAGUUCCCACCUGGGGCCUUUGUAAAUAGAAAGGAAGUCAUUACUUACUGUAUGUGUGCUCCUAAUUGGUGUGUUUCAGAGCUAUGUGCUGAUCUUCAUAUGACAGUGUUUUGCGAUAGAAAUAAUACCACAUGAUGGGCAAGGCCUGUCUGCAUUUGCAGAGCAGGGUUUCAUCUAUAUGUAUUUUUGAGACUAAAAAAUAAAAUUUGUAAAUAAAAAAAAAUUAUUUUGUGCAUAUGAGUGACUUGUACUUUGUGCAUGCCUUCGAAGGCCAGAAGAAGGUGCUGGAUGCCCUGGAGCUGGAAUUAGAGACAGUGUCAGUCACCAUGUGGGUGCUGGGAAUUGAACCCAGCUUCUGUCUCCCAAGAGCUGGGAUGAAAGGUGUAUGCCACCUUAGCCAAACCUAUUGCCUGGUUUUAAUCCCAGCCCUCCAGAGGUAGCAGGUAGAUCUCUAUGAGUUCAGGGCCAGUCUGAUCUACAUGCUCUAGGCCAGGCAAGGCAACAUAAGGGUACUAAGGGAAACCCUGUCUCCCAAAACAAAACCAAGUGCUGGAGGGAGGGCUCAGUGGCUCCCUGGGAUUUAUGUAAAGAGCCGGAUGUGGUGGCAUGCGUUUGAAAUCCUAGCAGUCCUUUAGGGAGUUGGGAGGUGGAGACAGGAGACUCGCUCAAGAAUCUCUCAGGCCAGCUAGCAUGGGGUACACAUCUCAGCAGCAGAAACGAGAAAGCAUGCCUCAGCCACGUCUAAGGCAAGAACUGUCUCCCCAACGCUCUUCUCUAAUCACAUGUGCUGUGUCAUGCUCAUACUCACAAAAACACCAUAUUAUAAAAAUAAAUACAGUUUUAAAAAUUAAAGAAGAAAGAGAUAAACUUUGAAGGACAUGUGAUGGAGAAAAUGAAAUAAACGGGAGAGCAUUUACCUAUGGAGAACCACACUGAGUCGGAGAACUAAGAAAAACAAACAAACAAAUGUGUAUGAAUGCUGGUGCGCUCCAGAGCACAUGCAUAUUGGAGGCCAGAGGAUGAUGUAGAGUACCCUUGCCUUGGCGCUACCUACU